CAUAAGGCCAGACGGACUUGUUUAGAAAGAUGGAGUCGGUAUCUACGCAAAAAUGAAGGAAGAGGGGUGUGGUGGAAGAAUUCCGUAAAAAUCGUCGAUUAUAAAGUUAAUUAAGUAAAUUGUGUUAAUUAAUUAACUGUGUAUCUUUAAAAAGUAAAAUAUGAGCGACGGACACGAUCAUGAAGACGAAAUUGAACCGUGGUUAAGCCUAACAAGUUGGGAGCAACAAUGUGUUGAAGAACUGGAAGGUUCUCCCGAUUUAGAAUCUCAAACAGAAAACGAAAAAGACUGUUUAGCACAAAAACUCUGGUUUUUAUUUCAAAAUGCAGCUACGUGUAUAGCUCAGCUUUAUAAAGACAGACAGAAUGGUGUUUCAAUAUGGGUGCCUUUUCAAAAUGCUGCAGGUAGUGUUACAAGUCUAUAUAAAGAAUGUAUAGAAUCGCAGAAGAGAGUUGUCGAUAUGGGUUUUCAGUGGGGAUAUCAGAGAAGAAACAAAGACUUAAUAGCUUGGGCGAAAAGAAGAAAACAGCAUAUACGUCGGGAGGAUUUGAUUGCCUUUCUCAGCGGCAGGACACCACCACAGCACAUAUGGAAUAAUCCCCGUCAACGAUUAUCGUACGAUGGUAUUAGAACUCCUCCUACUUCACUAGCACGAAUUACCGUUCCACCAGAUUCGGAAGUUUUGCUCCCAGACGAAUCAAGAGAACCUGAUUUAGAAACAUUCAGAGAAGCUAUUGCACUUUCAAGUUUGAAUUGUACCAUGUCCGGAACUAAUGUUUCUUUACGGCAACAUUCUUCCGGAUCACCCACGUCUGGACUACCACGCGGGCUCAGAAGCAGAAACUGCAGUCAGACAACUACCUCUCUCGCAGAACUGAACGCUUUCAUUACGGAAGAAUUCACCCGACACACCCGAAAGAGGUCACCGCCUACCGACGUCAUAAUGGACUCUCCGACUCACAAACGUAGUCGACUGACAUGAACAUGAGCACUCUUUCAUUUAAUCAGAUUUUUAUUUUCUGAUCAAUGUGACAAUAACAUUGACAUGUUAUUUUAAUCAAUUCAAAAUCUAAUUAUCUUAUAUUGGUAUUCCAAUAAUAAUAAUAAUCAUUACAAAAUUUAAAUUCAAAUUCUUUCCGAGGAAUCAAAAAUGUAAAAUUAAGUAAGCAUUCCAAUUGGUUAAACCAUUUUAAGAAAAUGUGUAAUAGCUUCACAAAAAGUAAAGAAUUUUUUUAGCAUUCAAACCCUUUGAUUGCGUAAAAUGUAAAAUAUAACUGUAUAGUAAAAAAAGGAAGGAAAUACCCAAUUUGUAUUUUAUAAUUUUGUCUACAGUAGGUUUACAUACAGACUCUAAAAUCAAUAAAUUAGAUCAAAGAUGGCAAUCCAUACAUAACAAAGAGGGGGGAAAGGCAAUUCCGUUAACGUGUAAAUAUCUUUUCUUAAUCUAAAUAUUGUAUAUUUUUCGACUAGUAUUUAUGUAUUUUGCUAAUAUCUAAAAGUGAAUACGGAACUGUAAUUUCCAAUUACAAAUUUCUCGUUAAUAUACUAUUUUACAGUCUUGUAUAUGAUAUAUGACUAUUUUUUAUCUAAAUUAAAAGUUAACGUUUUCAUUAAAUACUACGUAACGCUUCGUAGAAAGACAGACACGCACGAAAUCGAUCUAAAAGAGAACAAUUAAUCGAGUAGUUUUACACAGCUUUUGAUUCUCUCCAGUCUUAAGUUUUAUAUAAGUCGCUGACUGUACCGAUUUUAUCACCUCGUCCCAUUUGUUUCCGCACUAUCUAUAAAGAAAAAUGUACGCUUGAGUUUUGUAUGCAGAAUAAUGGAAAAAAAAUACUUUGUUAAGACAGUUCUGAUUGGAUAUUUGUAAAUGAACUAUGUAUAUAUUAUAUACAUAAAUCUAUGAUACACACACGAGUGUGCACAUGUCUUGUGAAUAAUAAUUGUUUAAAAAUUGGGUAAACAUAGUAUAAAAUUUGUCAGAAUUAUGAUUGAUUUCAUUAAAUUUUUUACUUGUGAUUGUUAUCAGAUUUUUCAUAUUUUUUUUAUUUUGUAUUUUAACUAACCCUCUUCCACAUCAAAAUUAUACAAUAGGCCAAUACAAAUCAAUAUCAUUAUUUUGGCAAAGAUUCCAAAUCCAGAGGACUCCAUGCUCUGAAAUUGUCAGUAAUUAUACAACAACUUCGUUAAUUAUUAUGCAAUGCUUGCUUUUAUAAUAAUGCAUUAAUCUUAAAUUAUCUUGAACAAAAUUGGGAUGCUUGGGUUUUGUGGUCUCCUAUAUUUCAUGGGGUUGUAGAGGGUAACUAUGAGAAAUUCGGUCCAGAUUGGUCAAAGGGUUCAGAA